UUGUUUCUUAUUGCAGUUUCGGAUGACUUUCGAAUAGAGUUUGAACAGGCGGAUAUCGGUAAAAACGACGAUGAUGCUGGCGGCAGAUUCGUCCGUUACCAGUUUACCCCACAGUUUUUACGGCUGAAACACGUCACAGCGACCGUAGAGUUCAUCGUUGGCAACAGGACGGUGAACAAGUUUCGCAUGAUCGAACGCCACUACUUCAGAGACUCGCUGCUGAAGAGUUUCGAUUUCGAGUUUGGCUUCUGCAUCCCGAACAGUCGCAAUACCUGUGAUCACAUCUAUGACUUCCCACAGCUUUCUGAGGAAAUGAUGGAGAAAAUGAUCGCAAACCCCUAUGAAACACGGUCUGACAGUUUCUACUUCGUCGAUGACCGCCUCAUCAUGCACAAUAAGGCUGACUAUGCAUACGAUGGUGUUGCUUGA